UUGCCAGAUGGCAUGAUUGGGCAAGGAGCUUCUACUUAAGGGCUUUCGGAAGCUGAUGUAGAAGCUGAAGAGAAGCUGAUGUAUAAGGUUCCUGAGUAAACUGCUUGAAGAAGAGUUGUGGUCGUGUUUCUCUUGCUGGUCAAGAUAGAUGCUAAUGAGUGGUGGCCCGUACGGGGAACCUCCUCUGAUGAACGGCUCAGAACUUCUUGCAGUCAGGGCAGUCGACUGCUAAGUCCCAGAACAAAGCAGGACAGAGCUAUCAUGAGUCCCUCGAUUUUCAAAUGAUCAAAGCCCUUUCUGAGUCUGUGAGUACUUACGGGAUGACUGCAGCCUUUACCACGGCGCAGGUGGAAGCUCUCAUUCGCCAUUGCAUGACUCCAAGUGAUUGGAUGAGUUUAGUACGAGCUUGCUUAACCCCAGGGCAAUAUUUAGACUGGAAAGCCUUCUUAAUAGAGUUUGCCAAUGAGCAGGCUGCCAUUAAUCGAGCAACAGAAAACACAGCCUGGGAUGUGGACAUUUUGCUGGGGCAGGGUUGGUUUGUUCAGCAGCAAACAGGAUACCCAUUACAGUUCUUCAAGCAGAUCAAUUUCAUAGCAACUCGAGCCUGGAAAUCAUUGCCCAAUAAAGGAGAAGUGAGUGGCAAUCUUACUAAGAUCAUUCAAGGCCCCAUGGACAUUCUGUUAACUAGUAAUGAGUUGAAAUUGCUACACUUAGCAUAUGGAGAUUUGGUAAAGACCUUGGAGAGGAAGGGAUUAUACAUAGUCCCAAAAAAGGUCCAGCAGGGUAGUAUUAUCAACAAUUUAGGAGCUAAGAUAAAUAGAGAUUGUGUUGUGCCACAAAAAUAACGAUUAGAUUAGAUACAUUACAAGACUGGGUGUGGUGUUUAUGUAAUUGGGGAGAUCUCCCAGUUGUUUGUCAAUUUAUACCAGAAUCACCUCAAAUAGUGGAAUUCCAAAUAGUUCUUGAAGUGUUUAAAAGGGUCCCUGAGGCCUUCAAUUUGAUCUCAGAUUCUAAUUACGUGGUUAAUCUGGUUAAGGAUUUAGAAGAGUCUGGAAAAAUAAAGGUAAAUAGUCCCAUUCAAAUUAUGUGAACCAGCUACAAGAAAUUAUUUGGAAGGGCUGGCAACCCUUUUAUAUUCAGCAUAUUAGAGCGCAUACUGGUCUGCUUGGAGCAAUUAGUAAAAUGAAUGAUUUAAUGGAUAAAUGUACCAGAAUGCAGUUUGCAUUUGCCUCCCUUCCAUUGGAUA